AUGGAUCAACAAAAUAGAUUAUUAGCAAUGUUAAAAUCAGCUACGACUGUACCUGGUCCCCCCUCUACUUCCGCAUCACCUCAAGGAUCCAUCAAUUCCAUUUCGACCCACUCUACCUCCCAGACUCUACCACCACCGCCUUCCUCGCAAUACCUUACCGCGAGUAAUAUAGGUUCAGCUGGAUCACCUAGAGAGCCAUCACCUACACCACCCCCUCCAAGCUUACAGGCUGUAACGUUAUUGGAUCUAUUCAAGAAUAUCUCUUCUCCACCUCCUCCCACUGCUAGCUCAGAGGGUUCGAAUCCGGAUGAUCAGAAGAACAAAUUGUUAGGAAUGCUAAAUUCUAUCGGUCAAGCUACACCUAACGCUGGUGUGAUCUCACCUAGUCAAGGAAGUAAUGUCGGUACACCUACGACGUCGGGGGAGAAAGGUGAUCCAUUGGCUGUUUUCAAAGCUGGACACCCUUCCCAUCCUCCCGCCUCACCUACUGGCCAGGGACCCAUCAUCAACCACCCAUCAGAUAUUACUUCCCCUCAUGUCAAACCCGUUCAGGCUCAGCACACCGGCACUUCCACUUCCUCUUCCCAAGCUAAAGCUAAACCAGCCAAAACCGAAGACAGACCCACUUCAGGUGCUACUUUCAAUGAAACACCCAAGAAGAGCAUGUUCCACUUCGACUCUCCCUUUGACGCUUUUGAGCAACUUCCACGAUCUCGUCAGGCUUCCAACGCUAAGCCCGCUACUCCCAAGGAGGUCAAGGUGAAAUCGGAGGAAGAUCACGCCUUGAACAGGGUCAAGUCGACUGAAAAGCUAGUUUCAAGUGGCAAAGGUUCACCACAAAGAGGUGAAGUCCCUCUUCAAAUGACCAAUAAUUCUUAUGAACCUCCUGCGACAUUCACUACACCUGUUUCAGUGAAUGAACUCCCCCAAGCAGAGAUCGAUGAUAAGCUUAAAAAUACGUGGCAGGUCGGGAAAGUGGUGAAAGAUGGUCAGGGUAAAGGACCUAAAGCCCUUACAUCCCACACCACUAUAGAUCUCUCACAACCCAAUCUUGACUCGCUCGUCAAUACUGGUGAUCCUGUACAUAUCGCACCUACCACCAAGAUGCGAACGGAUUUCAUGACUUUCAAAAAAGGAAAGAGAGUGGGGAUCACCAAUACCUACAUGGCUUAUACCAUGUCGAAAGGCCGAGUCAGGUUGAUUGACAGUUCAUCUGGUGCUCGACUUGUCAUUCAAUUACUCGGCACCGCGUCUUUCGGUCCAGUUGUCGAUCUUGCCGUCACAUCCAAUUACGUCGCCACUAUCGGUUGGGAUAAGACAGUUGUCGUCCAUAAAGUACCAGUUAAUGGGUGGAAGGCGGACAACCCUGAAGUUGACAUGUCGUUCUACUGCGUUGCUAUAAAUGGGCCGAUUGGAUGGCCUAAAAAGAUAGAAUGGGUCAAGAGAGAAGGUAAAGAUUGGCUGGCUGUAGGUGGAAGUGAAGGUGUGGUCCUUCUAGACCCUUCUGCUUAUCCAGGAGGUGGUCGAGUGGUUAUGAUGGAGGACGUAUGUAAACAGAACAGAAUACUCAAAACAGAAGGAGAUGUCGUCGACUUCUGCCUCAACCAAUCGCAUCAAGCUAUUGGUCUUCUCUCAUCCACCUCUCAGUGCACCCUAUACAAUGUCUCCAAUCUCAACAGAGUGUGGAAUCGACAACUCCCCUCGGCAUCGCCUUCCAGUGAACCUUCUUCCAUCCAGUUCUGCGAAUCUAAUAUCCUUGUUGGUCGGGCAAGAAACACUCAUUAUGAUCUGAUUCAAAUCACUGUUGAUCUUGCAGUGCUUUCCACCAUCAAAUUGACAGCUCCAUCACCUUGUCUAGAAGAGUUGAACUAUUCUCAUGCCGUGUACGACCCCAUCAAGACCACCUUAUACAUCGCUCCAUUCGCUCGAGGCAGUCUUUAUGCAUUCAAGUACGCUUUGAAAGGUCAACAACCAGUCAAAGACGCCUCGAAACCUGAUGGGCCUAAAGUCAUAGCAUUCGAUAAAGUCGCUGAAUACCCGUUAGAACCUGUUAUCAGUCUAAUCUUAGCCAAGAAAGGUGUAGAAGAAGAUUCUGAAAUAUUCUACGCCACACCUACAGGAUUCAGUCAAGCCACUAUCACCAGAUCAGCUUAUGAUGCCCUUAAAGCUCCAUUACCGAAGGUACAACAACCUGAAUCUCCUGUGACGAUGUCUACCACCAAAGCUGUACCAUCGCCCAAAUCGCCCAAAGGGGGCAAGAUCGAAUUACCUAAACCUAGAUCGAAAGUACCAAGUAAGAAUACCUCUCCUGCAGUGGUCAAGACUGAACUUCCUUCUACGUCCGAGGAUGAAGUCUCUACUCAACCCAGACCCAAGGUCCAACUGAGAAAGGCAAGUUUCGCGCCUGUAGUUGCGGAUGGAGAAGAAUCGGCUGGAGGUGCAGUAACUCAAGAAGAGCUCAAUAAGACCUUGAAGAAGACUGAAGAUCGAUUAUCCAAUCAUCUCAAACAACUACUAAAGAAUGAAAUCGCCACUCUCAAUGUCCGAUUCGACGGUCUGACAGGACCUGAUUUCGCUGCUGAUAUAUCUGCGAGAAUAGAGAGACAAAUCAAGGGAUCUUUGAACAACACCAUCGUACAGGAGAUCAAAAAAACAGUCGUACCUGCUGCUGCGUCUACCAUUCAGAAUGAAGUAAGAACAGUAACGAGCAAUCAGGUUCCCGCUGCUAUCUACGAUGCGCUUCAGACUGUGCCCAAGGAGAUAGAGAGAAGCUUAGCACCAGUCGUGCAGAGGACUAUUUCUAAUUUGGUCUCGAAUGCUAUGGACAAAGCCGUCCAAGAGGCCAUCCAACAUACACUCUUACCAGCUAUGACCCAAACUUCUUCGAAUGUUAUCGAACAGCUCUCUGCUGAAAUGAGAUCAGAGAUGUUACAGAUCCGAAAAGAACUUUCACCGCCAUCAAAGGAAGGUCAGCUAGCGAAUGAUCACCUGCUCAAAACGAUGUCGAGCUCCAUCGCAGAACUACAGAAGCAAGUGGCUGUUUUGACUGAACAUCUCAAGUCUGGACAUUCUGGAUCUGCACCCAACGGCUUAAACCCUGCACCACUACCACAACCGCCUUCACAUCAACCUUCGACUUUCGCCCCUCCACCAACUCAUCAUCAACCUCCUCCUCCUCCUCCCGCCGCCAUUCCUGCUCAACCCUCUGGACCCUCACCAAGCCAAUUGGAAGAUACGUUCCUAUCUGCCCUUGGAGCUCAGACUACCGCUUCAACCUUACAACUUGUGGUUGAUCAUCUGGCUUUGACAGAUUACUGUCUGCCCACCCAGGGUAAAAGUCCUUUGUCUCAGGCUGUGUUAUUGACGCUACUUCAUAGGCUCGCAAUUGUACUUUCCGAAAUACCAAGUACGCACAGUAUGUUCCAGCAAGUAGCAGGAUGGGAAAGAAGGACAGCGUUAUUGGUUGAUCCCAAGGAUCAAAAUAUCGCUGGAUAUAUAUCUAGAGUCCUUUCAGUGGUACAAGGUCAAUUGACCACUGUCUUAAAUAACUUGCAGAGAUAUCCUGACCAAAAUACUCAAAGUCACUUGGUGGUAAUUAGGGGUAUUAUGGAUAUCAUUGGACAUAAGAUGAAUGGUUAG